AUUGUUAAGUCAGUCUGGGCCGCCUGUUAUCAGUUAAAAUUUAAUACUAUCACUGCAUGCGGUUCAAUGCCGAGUGCCGAACUGCCGAGUAGUGGUUGUCAGUGUCAGUCAAAUGUAAACAAGUCUGUCUACCCUGUGCUUCUGUUCUGUCAAAUUUGACAGUAAACAUUUGUGGAAAAUGUGCUUUUCCUAAAUCAAUUUGGAUAAAAUUAGAAAAUUAUGUUCCUAUUAUCGAAAAUUUUUAGAUAACGAUUAGUAUACAAUUAGUAGAAUUUUUUUAGCUCGAAAAUUUCAAAAUGAAAUUAUUAAACGUUUUCAGAUCAAAAUUUCGCCAAUUGUGGGAGAAAUGGCGAUUAACAAUACUAUCAUUAAUGUAUAAUGAAUUUUGUGAUCAAAGUUACGUGGCAGAUGUUUGUAUGGAACCAAUUUUUUGGUUUGUCAAUAAUUUUACGAGUGUGUUGGGCACAUUUUUUGUAGUAGCAGUUUGCACGCUAACAACAUCAGUGGUGAGCAUAGCAUAUUGGAUCGGUCUACCAUAUUGGUGGAACAAGAGUCCUAUAACCACAGUAUUUCUAGUUAUUAUUGGAAAUUGGUUACUAGUCAAUAAUGUAUUCCAUUACUACAUGGCUGUUAAAACAUCACCAGGCUUUCCACCUGAGAAUGAAUUAAUAACAGAAGCUGUAAGCAUUUGUAAAAAAUGUAUAUCACCAAAACCUCCACGCACCCAUCACUGUUCGAUUUGUAAUCGUUGCGUUUUAAAAAUGGAUCAUCAUUGUCCUUGGCUAAAUAACUGUGUCGGCCAUUUUAACCAUCGUUAUUUUUUUUUAUACAUGGUUUACACCGUAAUCGGUGUCUUGUUUAUCAUUAUCUGCGGCUUUAGUAUCGGUGUCGAAGCUUUAUGGGAGAAUACUCCUGAUUCUGAUUCCAUUGAUGAAUUGGAAGGACAUCCAAUUCAAAUUAACCAAACGGGUCACAUUAUACGUAUGAACGAAAUUCCAAUGCCUGAUGUUGUUUUCGAUGAAAAUAUGGAUGAUUUGGAUGCUACACUCCAAACAAAUGAUGAUCUACCCAAGUAUACAGUGUGGGAACGACGAGCGAUUUUUUAUAUGGCCUUAUUAAAUUUGGGUGUAUUUGUUGCUUUGGGUGGGUUAUCAUAUUGGCACGCAAAAUUAAUUGGUCGUGGUGAAACCAGUAUUGAGAAUAAUAUCAAUAAAGCAGAAACAAAACGAUUAGCAGCCAACAACAAAAUUUAUAUCAAUCCAUACGAUUUCGGUAAACGUAAAAAUUGGCGAUUCUUUUUAGGACUUGUACGUGGAAGAACGUGGUUUUGGAAUGUUUUUUUACCAUCAGCUCAUCGACCCGAUGGAGAUGGUUUAACUUGGUACACUGUACACGAUCGCGACAGCGAUGCCCUAGACGAAUGGCCAUAAAUACAUUAAUUUUAAUAAAUUUUGUUAUUCAUUUUUCAAA